AUGAUCCCUCUUCUCGCUUUCACCCUUGGGGAGGCCUUCCUCCUCCAGCGCUCUGUCUUCACAGAUACACCAUUUAGAACCGUAGCACUCGGCUCAGCCGCUGCCAAUCUGGUUCUCCUGGCGAUCUACAACCUUUGGAUAUGGCCGUUCUUUUUCGAUCCAUUGCGCCGGUUACCUUGUGCUCCGGGUCACUUUAGCAUGACCCGGUUCAUCUUCGACAACCCGCGCGGGCGUCUUCCCCUUGAGUGGAUGAAGACGGUGCCUAAUGAUGGGCUUAUCUACUUUCGAGAUCUGCUCAACCGAAGCCAGCUCCUGGCGACGAACCACCAGGCGCUGCUCGAUAUCAUGAGUACGAAUACCUAUGAUUUUGAGAAGCCCUGGCGAGCACGCGAGUUUCUGGCCCGCAUCAUCGGCUUUGGGCUUAUUUUGAGUGAGGGGGCUGCGCACAAAAGGCAGCGCCGGGCGCUUACGCCGUCGUUCAAUGUGAAGAACGUUCGUGCCCUCUACACACUCAUGUGGGACAAGACCGACCAGCUUCUGGCGGAGCUGGACAAGGAAAUCGGCCAGCAUCCGAUGGAAGAAACAAGUGCAGACAGUAGUGGUUGGGGCAAGGUCGAAAUGAGUGUUUGGGCGAGUCGUCUCACCUUGGAUAUCAUCGGUCCCGCGGCCAUGGGCCGAGAUUUCCGCACUCUUCAGAAUGCUGAAAACAAAGUAGCCGAUAGUUUCCUCGCCAUUCUAGAGCCAACCACCGAGAAGAUCGCCUUCCUAGCCAUCAAUUUCCUUCUUCCGCAAUGGUUCGCUAAAAAGCUUCCGUGGCAUCUAAAUCAAGUCAUUGACGAGGAAGUCGGUUACCUGCGUGAUUUGUGCAAGGAAAUUGUGCAUGAAAAAAGAGCCGCCAUGGCAGCCACCAAGGCCACGGCCGCCGAGCUGGAAGCCGAUAUUCUCGGGUCGAUGAUGCUAAGCGGCGACUUUACCGACGAUGAGCUAGUAGACCAAAUGCUCACCUUCCUUGCAGCAGGCCACGAAACAACCGCUAGCGCCCUGACUUGGACCUGUUAUCUCCUGACCCUCCACCCAGAUGUCCAGGAACGUCUCCGCGCCGAGAUCCGCGGCGCUAUCCGCUUCUCUACCCGUCCAAUCACAUACUCCGACCUUGAGUCUCUCCCGCUCCUUAACGGUGUCUGCCAAGAAGUUCUCCGACUCUAUCCCACGGUCCCCUCAACUCUCCGCGAAGCAGUCCGUGACACGACCGUGGCCGGAAAGCACGUACCUAAGGGAACGAAGCUCGUCCUAUGUCCGUACGCGAUCAACCGCUCGCCCGAGUUCUGGGGAGACGACGGUGAUGAAUUCCGCCCUGAGCGCUGGAUCGAUACGGAUCCUGCGACUGGGGAGGCAACCGUGAACAAUCACGGCGGCGCCGCAACUAAUUAUGCCCAGAUCACGUUUUUGCAUGGGCAGCGGAGUUGUAUUGGGAAGGACUUUGCGCGUGCUGAGUUGAGGUGUGCUGUUGCCGGGGUUGUUGGGAGGUUUGAGUUUGCGAUGCAGGAUCCUAAGCAAGAGAUCCAUAUCGCUGGCGCAGUGACGACGAAGCCUGUUGAAGGGAUGCAUUUGCGGAUGAGAAGGGUAGAAGGGUGGUGA